CUUCUCCCCCUUCCACCCACCACCCCCAUCACUCUUACACGGUCGGAUAUUGUUGUGGUCCCUGCUCUCGGCCCGUUGCUGCUCAGUGGUGACGGCCUCUUCUCACGUAUGCCUCUUUAGCCACUGAUGCCGGCCGCCGAAGCAUCCCCCGUCGCAUCUUCCGAUUCCGGUCUUGUCAUGAUGGACGACCGGAAGAGAGCCGCUGCCUAUGACCACAAUGACUCGGCUCCACCAUUGAAGAAGCAGGCCACUUCGGUCAAUGGUGGCAGCAAGCCGCACCCCGACGCUGACAUGCCCUGGAAGGAUGACCUGGAGCGAUUCCAGAAGGACGCAAUAUGGCGCCAGAUGCAGGAGUACAAGCGCGAGAAGGUGUCCCUCGAGGCCAAGUUGAAGGAGAUGUCCAAGACGACCACCUAUCAUAAUGACCACCUUCGUAUUAUCGAUGCUUGGUACAAGCAGUUAAUCGACGAGGUCAAAAUGCUCCUGGGCGCUUCGGAUGAGGAUGCCAAGGACCGUCCGUCCUUUCAAAGCGGCCUGAUGUUUGACGACAACGACAAGUUCGAAAAACACCUGAAAUCCCGGUCGGAUGAUAUUCGCCAAGUCAUCUCCGGCGUGCUUUCCAAGUCCGCCAAAGCCCCACCCGAAGUCUCCGAAUUGCAGACUCAACUCGCGAAGAAGUUGGCCGAAGAGAAAGCCACCAUCACCGAACUGGAGAAAGCACUGUCCGAAAAACAGCAAUUAGAAGAAAGCCUAGAAGAAGCCUCCUUACGGUAUAUGGUUGCCGAAAAGAAGCUGGACCGUGCGCGCAGCUUGACAGUCGCCAAAUUAGAGAAACAGUAUAUCUUAGGUGCGCAGCGACCUGGUGGCGACAGCGCGUCCGGGCCUCGCGAAGAACCCUCUGCCUCCAACGGCGCGACCCCGAGCGGCGAGCGGAGUCCGGCACUGGACGAAGCACACAACAAGCUUGUUGCCAUAUCGGAGAAGCAGAAGGAGCAGCUACAGAAGUUGGAGGGUGAAAAUGCCAAAUUACUUACUCAAAUUACAGAAUUAAAUGUCAAGCAUUCACGACUAACGGACGACGACUACGCGCAUACGGAUCUGUUCAAGCAGUUGAAGUGCCAAUAUGACGAUGUUGUUACUCGGAUAAAUCACCUGGAAGCGACCAACAUCCAAUUACGAGAAGAGGCGGCGAAAUUCCGAUCAGAACGAACGGCCUACCGUAACCAAGUGGAUGAGGAGACACAGAAUGCGAUCGCCGAGAAGGAAGCCCAGCUAAUGAGGGCCGAAACGGAUUUGGCCCGGAUACGCAACGCACGCGACGAACUUUUGGCGGACCAGCAAAUGCGGAAGGCGGCGCAAGAACAGGAGAAGAUGUCUGCCGUGAAGGUGCAGGAACUUGCGGAGGCCGGACAGGCUCGGAUUACGGCCCUGGAGUCGGAAGUGGAAAGACUGCGUACGGAGGUCGAGAAGGAGAAGAGCACGUCAGCCAGCGUGGAUGAGAUUCCGCCCGAGGAGUUGCGCACCAAAUUCGGGAACCUGGAACGUCAAUAUGCGAUGCUCAACACCGAGCUUUCCUCGAUGCAAACUGCGUGCAAGAAGUAUUCUUCCUUGGCUUCGCAAAAAGUCACCGAUUUCAGUGUCUUGGAAGAGAAGGUCGCGCGCCUGGUUGCGGAGAAAUCGAAGGCCGAUCAGAAGUAUUUCGCUGCGAUGAAGAGCAAGGAAGCCCGGGAACUGGAAGUUCGCACACUGAGAAUGCAGAACUCCAAGAGUUCGGACAUCGUCUCUCAGCUGAAGGAAUCUGAGGCAGCCACGCGAUCUCUGCUCGCGAAUAUGGAGAAGCAAGUCAGCGAGACCAAAGACGCAUUGAACUCCGUGAUGAGCAAGCUUUACGCCGCCCAGCAGCAGGUCACAGAGAAGAACAUCAUCAUCGACGGCUUGAACCGACAGGUCGGCGAGCUCAAGGCGUUGUCAACUUCCAAGGAUUCGACUUUGGCCAGCGCCUCGAGCGCUUGCCGUCAAGCGGAAACCGAGGUCGAGGGCUUGAAAGCAAGCCUUGCGGAUACCAAGAAGAGCCUGGAGAACUGGAAGAACAAGAGUCUCGGGAACUCAUCGUCCGAAUACGAAAUGCUGAGGACUCUCGCACUCUGCACUGUCUGCCGCAGGAACUUCAAGAACACCGCAAUCAAGACUUGCGGCCAUGUGUUCUGCAAAGAGUGCGUCGAAGAACGCCUCACGUCCCGGUCACGGAAGUGCCCCAACUGCAACAAAUCAUUCGGCAAUAACGAUUACAUGCACAUCACGUUGUGAUGUCGCCUUUUUGGUUGCCCCCCCCAUAAACCUCGUGUAUUAUAGUCUCUUCUUUUCUUCCCCUUCCCUUCUUGAUCUUCUCGCCCUUCCCCAUUUCCCCACCUAUGUCAUUUUAUUACCUUGCUUUUUUUUUUUUACCUGUUUCGUCCUAUAAUCAUGGAAAAGGGCUCAUGGUGCGGUGUUUACUGUGUUUAGCAGGAUAGGAUCUCAGAGGGCCGGCGUUCGAUCUAAAUCUGCUUCGUUUGAUCAGAUAUUGUCUUUGCAUAGUGGCCGGGUUGUUGGUCUUCGGGUUACCGGUUUUUCUGUUUGAUUUUUUUUUACCCCCUUGUUUGUUUUCAGUUCUCCGGUCCAGAGGAGUUUUCUUGGAUACCCACGUCAGUGUUCCCGCGGCACCUGGGUGGGACAAUAUGGUGCGAGAUGUAGGAUUAACUAGCCAGUCCCUGAUGAGAAAAGGAUGAUGAAUGCAGCAAUGUUCCUAG